CAGAGCACAGCUGGGAGCCAGAACGAACAGAAAGGGCCCACGCUUCUGGUAAGGAGGCCCCGUGACCAGUUCCAGCCACUCUUAGUCCCGCCCAGACUGGGAACUCACAUAAAGGACCAAGGAGAGCCCAAGAGGUCACAGUACUGGCCGUGAGGGGCUGGGAACGCCAGGUCACCCAGACAUCAUGAGUUGGUCCUUGCAGCCCCGGAGUUUCCUUCUCUGCUGCACGCUUUUGCUGCUCUCUCCAACGGCACUGGCGUACAUUGCUACCAGAGAUAACUGCUGCAUCUUAGACGAGAGAUUCGGUAGCUACUGCCCAACCACCUGUGGCAUCGCGGACUUCCUGUCCUCUUACCAAACGGACGUGGACAAUGACCUCAAGGCUCUGGAGGACAUCUUAAACGGGGCUGAGAACAGAACCACGGAGGCCAAAGAACUGAUCAAAGCGAUACAAGUUUACUACAACCCUGACCAGCCCCCAAGGCCAAAUGUGGUUGAGGGUGCCACUCAGAAGUCUAAGAAGAUGACAGAAGACAUCAUGAAAUACGAAGCGCUGAUACUGACCCAUGAGACAAGUAUUCGGUAUUUGCAGGAUAUCUAUAAUUCAAACGCCCAGAAGAUCACAAACCUGAAACAGAAGGUGGCCCAGCUGGAGGCUCAGUGCCAGGAGCCUUGCAAGGACACCGUGCAAAUCCACGACACAACUGGCAAAGAUUGUCAGGAAAUUGCCAACAAGGGUGCCAAAGAAAGUGGACUUUACUUCAUUCGGCCUUUGAAAUCCAAACAGCAGUUCUUAGUAUACUGUGAAAUCGAUGGAUCUGGAAAUGGAUGGACUGUGUUGCAGAAGAGGCUUGAUGGCAGUGUGGACUUCAAGAAGAACUGGAUUCAGUACAAAGAAGGAUUCGGACACCUGUCUCCUACCGGCACCACGGAGUUUUGGUUGGGAAACGAGAAGAUUCAUUUGAUAAGCAUGCAGUCCACAAUCCCAUACGCGCUGAGAAUACAGCUCAAAGACUGGAGUGGCAGAACCAGCACUGCAGACUAUGCCAUGUUCAGGGUGGGGCCUGAAGCCGACAAAUACCGCCUGACCUAUGCCUACUUCAUUGGUGGAGAUGCUGGGGAUGCUUUUGAUGGCUAUGACUUUGGUGAUGAUCCCAGUGACAAGUUUUUCACAUCCCACAAUGGCAUGCAGUUCAGUACCUGGGACAAUGAUAACGAUAAGUUUGAAGGCAACUGUGCUGAGCAGGAUGGAUCUGGUUGGUGGAUGAACAAGUGUCAUGCUGGCCACCUCAAUGGAAUUUAUUACCAAGGUGGUACUUACUCAAAGUCAUCUACUCCUAAUGGCUAUGACAAUGGCAUUAUUUGGGCCACAUGGAAAACCCGCUGGUAUUCCAUGAAGGAAACCACGAUGAAGAUAAUCCCCUUCAACAGACUCUCCAUUGGAGAAGGACAGCAGCAGCACAUGGGGGCGUCCAAACAGGCUGGAGACGUUUAAAGAACAUUUCAAAGCUGAUUUGCUUUUUUAAAGGACUUUAUCCAAGCAGAGAAAUAUAAUAUUUUUCUUAUGGGACAAUGGACUUUCAAAGCCUCACUUCAUUUUAAGAGUUAACGGAAUCCAUGUUGAAAACUCCAUUAGCAGUUUUAUGCUGGCGAUAAUUUUUCUACAUGCAUUUCAAUAAACAUUUUGUUUCCUAAGCUGA